AAUUCCCGAACUGCAGCCCCCCUUUCUCUUCAUACUUUAUACGAGCUCGCCAUCGCCCGCGUACUGUACUAAUAUCGGCAUUUGACCACCAUUAUUUUAAUUCAUCCCCUUUCAAAUCCCUGCAUCCAGUUUGAUCACCUGAGGCAGUUAUGAGUACUUGCACGGAGAACACAGACUGGGACUUCGUCUUGCAGUUCGUUUCAGAGCCUUUGGAGAUGGAAUUUUCUCAUGUACCUGAAAGGCCCGUCGCGGAACGCUCACAUUCGGCGGUACCUGUGCAGGUGCCAACACCUCCCGAUUCGUUUACCUCGUCUCCGGUUGAUCCCCCAGCCGAAGAAGAUACACUUGUCUCUGUUUCCACGACAUUCUUUCCCGGAGCACACAUCCACUCACACCCACCAGAUGUUGUGCUUCUGUCGUCCGACUCUGUAUUCUUUUAUGUCCACACACAGGUUCUGCUCGGGGUUUCUGAAAAUAAUUUUGACGGUCUGCUACCACCUUCGUCCAAAGCGACAGCUGGACAAUUAGGCCCAGUCUUGAUGGUCCCGGAAUCUUCCACCAUUCUCAAUAUCGUACUUCACGCCGUAUACGACAUGGCAUGUUCCCAUUAUUCCCCUUCAUUCGAGUCCCUUUCAGAAGCAUUGUCAGCGCUAGCAACUUAUGGAGUUUCUGUCAAGCGCCAUAUUGGCCCUACUACUGCCCUGCAUUCGCUGCUUCUCUCGCAUGCUCCUCUUUACCCCUUGGAACUCUAUACGCUGGCUGCUUCACACGAUCUCUAUGACCUCGCCGUUCCAACGUCAUCUCACUUGCUCUCCUUCUCCCUGGCGUCCUUGACAGAUGAGAUGGCUGACAGAAUUGGCGCUAUCUAUUUGAAACGACUAUUUUUUCUCCACUUUGGCCGCGCAGACGCUUUGAAACGUCUCCUCCUACCACCACCUCACCCACACGCCCCCACCAAUGACUGCGACUUCACCGAGCAGAAGAGGCUCACAAGAGCCUGGGCUCUUGCUUCUGCAUACCUCGCUUGGGAUGUCAGACCAGACUUGUCCACAAACGCGAUUGAGUCUGCUUUGGCACCUUUAGGUGAUCAGCUAUCAUGCGAUCUCUGUCGAAAAACACUUCGAGAUCGGCUGAGGACGUUAAUUAUACAAUGGUCGGCAGUCAAGAGGACUAUCUAAAUUGUGAAACGACAUCAUGCGGAAGAGAUAUCUCCCACCCUGGACGAACAUACCCCAGGAAAUGCGCGCACGCACUUCUUCAGUCCUCAUUCUUCAUUCUUUCAAAAGACUGUAUCACUUAUCCCUUUCAUUUCACUGCAUUAAUUGUGUAACACACUGCUUACUUCCUGUAUAUCAACUGGAAUUGUUCACUCUGGUGAACAGUCUGCCUCGAGUCCAUCAUACACGACCUGUACUCAUUAGCAGCCCCUCCUUCCGUAAAUAGUAUCCUCUGUUUCCACUCACGACUCCACGAGUUUAA